CUCACGAGCGUUGCCAACGCUAUUCCAUUCUUUUUCACAGCCGGUCUGGUCAACAUAUCUACCUAAUAUCCCUACGGACGCCAGCCACGACUCACAAACACAAUGGCUUAUCGUCCAUCCCACAACGAUCCUUACUACAAUCAACCGAGCUAUCCUCCAGCUACCGGUUACGGAGAUUCCUCAAAUUGGGACGCAAAGUCCACAAAGUCGUACCAAAGUAGUUAUGCAGGUUCCCAAGCCCACUUGAAUCCAUCCAGCUACGAGAUGCAACAGGUUAACCAGCACCCAGUUCCUGCAAUGCCAUACAACGGCGGCUACCCACCACAGCAAACUAUGCCUUCCCCAGGCGGCUUUAGGGACAAUGGCUCUGUCGCGGGCUGGUCCCUGGCCAGAGACAAGCUUAUGAAAAGGCGGUCUAUCAAGAAAGUCUUCCUCACACAGGGAAACCUCGUCCUUGAUGUACCCGUUCCCUCCCACAUCGUCCCUGUUGGCAAGCAGGAUCUCGAAGAAUUCUCCAAGAUGCGCUACACGGCGGCGACCUGCGACCCUGACGACUUCAAAGCUUCUCGCUACACCCUCAGGCCCUACCUCAUGGGCCGCGAGACCGAGCUCUUUAUUGUCAUGACCAUGUACAACGAAGACGAAGUCCUAUUCGUCCGCACUAUGAAUGCCGUCCUCAAGAACGUUGCUCAUUUAUGCAGCCGUCAAAAGUCAAAAACUUGGGGUCCAGAAGGCUGGAAGAAGGUCGUCGUCUGUGUCGUGUCAGAUGGUCGUAACAAGGUCAACAAGCGGACACUGCAAGUAUUGAACUUGAUGGGAUGCUACCAAGAAGGUAUCGCUAAAGAUUCCGUGGCGGGCAAGGAUGUCACAGCCCACAUCUUCGAGUACACCACCACAGCUAUCGUGACAGAGACCGGCGAAGUCAGCCAGAACACAUGUCCAGUCCAAGUUCUCUUCUGCUUGAAGGAACAGAACAAGAAGAAGUUGAACAGCCAUAGAUGGUUCUUCAAUGCAUUCGGACCUUUGCUGAACCCUAAUGUCUGUAUCCUCCUGGACGUCGGCACAAAGCCCACCGGAACUUCAAUCUAUGAGCUAUGGAAAUGCUUCGAUAAGCACAAACAUGUCGGUGGUGCUUGUGGCGAAAUCACUGUUGACAGUGGCCGCGGGUGCAGCCUCCUUCUCACAAGUCCUCUCGCAGCCUCCCAGAACUUUGAGUACAAAAUGUCCAAUAUCCUUGACAAACCUUUGGAGAGCGUGUUUGGUUACAUUAGCGUGUUGCCUGGUGCAUUCAGCGCUUACCGAUACAAGGCUCUUUUGAACGGCCCUGAUGGAAAGGGCCCGUUGGCAUCUUACUUCAAGGGUGAGGCCAUGCACGGAGGAGGUAGCGACGCUGGUCUCUUCGAGCGUAACAUGUACCUCGCCGAAGAUCGUAUCCUCUGCUUCGAGAUUGUCACCAAGAAGAAGGAGGCCUGGACAUUGAAGUAUGUCAAGAGCGCAAAGGCAUCUACUGACGUCCCCGCGACUGUCCCGGAAUUCAUCUCUCAACGUCGUCGAUGGUUGAACGGUUCCUUAUUCGCUUCCAUCCAUGCAACGGUUUUCUUCUUCAGGAUCUGGACGUCUGGUCAGGGCUUCUUCCGCAAGAUCGCUCUCCAAUUCGAGUUCAUCUACAAUGCCGUCCAACUUCUCUUCACAUGGACAUCACUGGCCAACUUUUACCUCGCUUUCUUCUUCUUGGUUUCCUCGGCUACGGCAGAGGGCUCUACGGACGCAUUCAACUUUCUGAGCACUGGUGCAGGCAAGAUCGUGUUCCAAAUCUUCCUCAAUCUCUACAUCGGUCUUCUGUUCGUCGUCUUGGUCUGUUCUCUGGGUAAUCGACCUCAAGGUUCAAAAUGGACGUACACAAUCGCCAUGUUCUUGUUUGGUUUGUGUAAUAUCAUCACCACAUGGUGCGCUGCCUACACUGUCUACCUGGCUGUCCCCCACGAUAUCGAAGGAUGGAGAAACUUCCCUGAACUGUUCAAGGAGAACCGCACGCUUCAGGAGAUCGUCGUCGCCGUCCUCGCCACCUACGGCAUGUACUUCAUCAGUUCCUUCAUCCACUUUGAACCUUGGCACAUGUUCACCUCCUUUGCGCAAUACAUGUUCCUCCUCCCCUCGUACGUCAACAUCCUCAUGAUGUACGCCAUGUGCAACUUGCAUGAUGUCACUUGGGGAACGAAAGGAGACAACGGCGCAGCGAAGGAUUUGGGCGGCGCGAAGAAGGUGAAGGGAGAGGAUGGCAAGGAGAUGAUGGAAGUUGCGGUGCCUACUGCGAGGGAGGACGUGGAUCAACUUUGGGCCGCGUCGAGGGCUGCGUUGAAGGUCAAGCCCCCGGAGCAGAAGGAGAGUCGAGAUGCCGCUACCAAGCAGGCUGAUCAUGAUCGGAAUAGUAGGACGAAUGUUGUGUUGGCGUGGGUUGGUUCGAACAUGGUGCUUAUCAUUGUUUUCACUUCCCAAGCCUUCUUGGACUGGGUGAACCAGAACACUUCGCUCGGUGGAAGUGCUUUCAACCCAUACCUGCAAUUCCUCUUCUUUGCCUUUGCCGGCCUAUCAGCCAUCCGCUUCACAGGUUCAGUCGUAUACCUGAUAUUCAGACUAUUCGGUCACUAG